UGAAUGUCACCUCUGCUGAUGGUUGCUGCUGGAAUUCACAGACCACUCUCACACUCUCACACUCACCCGUGGGGGGCGGCGGGGAGUUAGUUGAGGGCUGUGUGGAGAGAGAGAAUGCCAGAAGAGGAGGAAGAUAAAUCUCUCUCUGUCCAACCCUCUGUUCCGUUCCUGGAUUCAUUCUUGGGAGUCCGUCCCCGUCCCGCCUGCUGUGCUGCCUCUGGAUCUAAGUCUACUGGAUUACAGCUCCGUUUCUCCGCUCAUUACUCCUAACGCUUGCAUUUCCACGGCAGGCAAAGUUGGGCAUCCAGAGACUAUAUGUUGACUGCCUGUUCAUUUCCUCUUGAAUUUGUAUGCUGUUUGAGCUUCUAAAUGAUUUCACUUUUCACUGGAAGAAGUGUGAUUUUAAUAUGACAGAGAAAAGAGCUACGUCUCUUUUUGGGGGAUUGUUUACUUAUAGGAUAGGCUAGUGAUUUUGCUAUAUUUUGAACUUCGUUGUCGCUGGUGAUUUGGUUGUGAGGGACAAGAUGAGUGGGGAGGGAGGUUAGAAAUGUAGGAAAUGUUGAUGUCUUUUCAUGUUUUAUUUUUAUCAAACAGAGACAUUCUAACCUCACUCACCCGUCUUUCUUUUGUACUGAAGAUGUGACCUUAGUGGUCUCUGUUUUUCAGUGGUUUUUUAGUGCAUUUAUUUCUCGUCACACUGGAGGGUCAGAUUUUUGGAUGUGUGACUGCACUUGAACUCUCACCGUCCCCUGCUCUUCCCUUUUCCAGGGGGCUCUUAACCUAGACCCUCUCUCUUUAACCCUGCGUAAAACCCCUCUCCCCUCUCUGGGGGCUCUCUCUGGACCUUCCGACCAUUUUCUGUUGCUUGAGGACACAGACAGCCCCGCCAGAAGAGGGGCUGUUGGGUAGGAAGACACCCCCCUCCCAAAGGUGAGAGGGGGGGGAAGAUGGCAGCUCUCGCCAGCUCUCUCAUCAGACAGAAACGGGCGGUCAAGGACGACGGACAAAACCGACCGGUAGCCAACAAGAGGAAGCCUUGUCCCAAGAGCAACAAGUCUCUGUGCCAGAAACAGAUCCUAGUCCUUAUCUCUAAAGUGCGGCUAUGUGGGGGUCGAAAAAGUAGAAAAGAAAAGAGACCGGAGCCCCAGUUGAAAGGCAUCGUGACCAGGCUGUACAGUCAGCACGGAUACUACCUGCAGAUGCAUCCGGAUGGCACCAUGGACGGCACAAGGGACGAAAGCAGCUCCUUUUCACAGUUCAACUUGAUUCCUGUGGGUCUGAGGAUCGUGGCGAUCCAGGGGGCGAAGACAGGGCUCUACCUGGGCAUGAACAGCGACGGGUACCUUUACACCUCUGAACACUUCACCCCCGAGUGUAAGUUCAAGGAGAGUGUGUUUGAGAACUACUACGUGACGUACUCCUCCAUGCUCUACAGACAGAGCCAGUCGGGCCGCUCCUGGUAUAUCGGUAUCAACCGCGACGGACAAGUCAUGAAGGGCAACCGGGUGAAGAAGACCAAAGGUGCUGCACACUUCCUGCCUAAAGUUAUAGAAGUUGCCAUGUAUAAGGAGCCAUCGCUACACGAGCUAGUCAACGAACAGAAAGAGAAAGAGAAAGAGAAAGAGAAAGAGAAAGAGAAAGAGAAAGAGAAAGAGAAAGAGAAAGAGAAAGAGAAAGAGAAAGAGAAAGAGAAAGAAGGCCCUGCCCAGAAUACAGUGAAGACGUCAGAAGAACGUCAUGAAAGAACUUUCUCCAUCAAGAACUGCAGGAAAGAAAAAAAGCCCCCAAGGCUGAUGCCUCGUAGCACAGGGGACCGAUGGUGGGGGAGGGGCAGCAGUGACACUGAGAACUAAAUAGGGACUUAAUCGCCCAUCAUGCACUUGGGCUGGCUGGAGGAAUGGUCCCCUUUCCCCAGAAGUGCACUGGGCUGCACCAUGAUGAAGUGUCAGGGGUCAACAGCCCAUCAGGUCUGGGUCUAGGAGGAAUUCCUCUCACCUGCCACCAGAGAGGAAGAUAGACUAGAGCCCAAGUCAGCACCACCACCUUUCCUCCCUGUCAAUCACCUUUACCCCUUCUCCUCUAGCACACUCACUACCAAAGGCACAGCCUGUAUCAUCUCUCUGUCAUUCAUCUACUGCCUUCCCAUCACCUGUCCUAGUUUCUAGAAAUCACCUCCACUCGCGCACACACUUUCAUUUCUAAUUGUUGUAUUUUGAUGUGCGAAUGUGUGAUUGUGUCUGUGUGUAUGUGUGAGAGAGAGGUGUGUAACAAUAAUCACUUCAUGUCAUCAUAAUUACUACUCUCGAGUCCACUCUUCUAAUUAAUGGCAAUCACCGUUGUGAAAGUGUGACUAUGCCUGGCCUCCACCAUCUGCCCACCUGCAAAUCACACACCUCACAGCUGGAGGCGGAACAUCAAAAUGAUGUUUUAUUGGACAACAUCGGGGGGGGGGGAUUUCUAUUUGGUAGCAGGGCUGUCUGUUGAACUGCAGUCAGCAAAUCCAUUUCAAAAAAGCCAAAUCGUCUGUUGAAAGAGACAAGUCAAGCAAGCCCUUUUGGGAUCAGAGUUAUAUCUACAGGCUACAAGAUGACCUUUUCUAUCUCCCUCUUUCAAAGUUCCUUUCUCUAACGAUCAAUCACAAUGAGGAAGGUAAUAAUGGAGGGAACUGAAGAAGUUUAUGAUAAUAAAUCAUGAGGAUGAUGAUGAUAAUAAUAAUUACAAUGGUUAUGGUGAUUAUGGUGAUAAUGAUGAUUCAACUACUGUAUAACUUUGCAAUAAUCUCACAGACAGAAAUUUCAGGGUAUUCCAUUAUCUGAAGUGAAUAGCCAUUUUCCCUUCUGGAGCCAUGAAAGCACCAUGUCCAAAAUACUAUGAGAGCCCCGACUUGUACAUGACUGCCAUGUCUGGCCCACAUAACAGUAGCCUGACAGAGAUGAUUUCAGUUUGUGCUCAGCAGGCUGACUCUGAGCAUGUGAGAGAGUCAUGGAGCUAAAUACCCUCUGGGCCCAAAUGAGGCUAUGUUAUUAUGAUGUAACUCUUUGAAGGUUCUUUCCAGGGGGUUUUAUGGAAUACAGCCAUCAUUGCUUGAAUUAUUCACCUACAUUUAUGUAGAAUAUUGUAACUAGUCUCUGCAAUAUUUGUACAGUUUUGAGUCUCUUUAAGAGCUGGGCUGUGUUAAAAGAGAAAGUCAGCUUUUUUGCAAGUUUGUGAGAUAGUUACUGAGUGAGUGGUUAUGAAUGUGCCUGCUUAACAAUCUCUCUAUUUGCCAGCCUCCCUAACUCAGCUUGUGGUGCUCUUUUUUGUUGACCAUAAUGCACCAAAAUACAGUAUUUCAGAGAACUCUUAAGGAUUGGACUUAAAGGAAUGCUACUGUGUUAAAUUGAUUAGAUUCUCUGUCACCUGAAAGGUAAUGCCAGUGAUUGUUGAGUGUAUCCUUUGCUUGGCAACUUUUGUCGACAUAAAGCCGAGUUUAAAGCUGACAUCAAAGCCUGAGGAGGCUCUGAGCUAGAGCACCUACUUACUAUUCUACAGACGUCCCACUCCUUAUCCACUCACCAGCCUUAUCAAAUCACCACAGAGGAAUCCACUCGCAAAUAUGGAUUUCUUUGUGUGCGUGGCUGUUUGUGAUUGUGUUCUUCCCCCAGUGUAGCGAUGUUUGUGGGAAUAUGUGAGUUUAUUUUGGGAGUGCAUUGUGUGUGUAUGCCUGUGUGUGCAUGUGUGUGUUUGUGUGCGUGCGUGUGUGUGUGGGAGGUGACUUCUGCAAUGUCCUUCACCCUGGACUUAGGGCACUGGGAGGGCUCUCUUUGUGAUGUCCUUCUCUGGGGAGGUGACAUUUGUGGGGAAAAUGGCCACUUUUCAAACACAGCACUGUCACGGUAUUGUUAUUGGCCUGAGAGUGCUGCAGGUAUCAAUGGGCAAUAAAAUCUAAAACAAAUUGUGGACAACAGCACAGCACAACAUAUACAGGAACAGCCCAGUGUACAGAAGGUUGCUUUUCUAGGCAUGGGGAUAUGUACAGUAAAAUGCCGAAAGGCAUUUCUGACCUUGUACAUAGCAGCGUAGCAUGUUCCUGCCAUGGCGACUAUGCUGUUAGAGUGAGCUAGCAUGCCAUUGUAUAUUACAGAGCAGCACUGCACUGACCUCCUUUAAUAUCCAGCCAAUGUGGAGACUUAUACCACGGUCUCUUGGAGAAUUCCGCUUAGAAAAAGCCAGUCGCAGUGGACUGCCUGUAAAUAUGUUGACCAACAUUACAGAAGAUGUAGAAUGCACACAGAGAGGGAGAAUAUCAUACAAAAGUUCCAGAAUGUACAGACUGUGAGAUGGAUGUUUUCUGCAUGUUAUUAAGGACGAGACUAUGUUCUUAUUUUCAAUGACAGCCUAGGAACAGUGGGUUAACUGCCUAUUCAGGGGCAGAACGAGAGAUUUGUACCUUGUCAACUCAGGGAUUUGAACUUGCAACCUUCCGGUUACUAGUCCAACACUCUAACCACUAGUCCCGUACCCCUUCAAACAUUCAACCUCCAGCUGUGUACCCUCUCCAGCACCAGGGUCUGCGCACUCUCAAAUGUUGUUUUUUGCCAUCAUUGUAAGCCUAAAACACGCAAACUAUACGAUACAUUUAUUAAACAUAAGAAUGAGUGAGUUUUUGUCACAAACCGGCUCGUGGGAAGUGACAAAGAGCUCUUGUAGAACCAGGGCACAAAUAAUAAUAUAAUAAUAAUCGAUAAUUUUUCUCUUUAUUUAACCAUCUUACAUAAAACCUUAUGUGUUCAUCUAAAAUUGUGAAAAACUCACCACAGGUUAAUGAGAAAGGAUGCACAUAACUCUGCAAUGUUGGGUUGUAUUGGAGAGAGACUCAGUCUUAAAUCAUUUUCCACACUCUGCCUGUAUUUAGUUUAGUUUUCAUGCUAGUGAGGGCUGAGAAUCCACUCUCACAUAGGUACCUGGUUGCAAAGGGCAUCAGUGUCUUAACAGCGCGAUGUGCCACGGCAGGAUACUCUGAGCGCAGCCAAAUCCAGAAAUCUGGCAGUGGCUUCUGAUUAAAUUCAAUUUUCGCUUGUUGCAAUUUCGGUGAGGCUCUCUUGUUCAGAUAUCGGUAAGUGGACUGGAAGCAGGGGAUUGAAAAGGAUAACGAAUCCAGUUGUUUGUGUCAUCCAUUUCAGGAAAGUACCUGCAUAAUUGCUCACCCAACUCACUCAGGUGCUUCGCUAUAUCACAUUUGACAUUGUUUGUAAGCUUGAGUUCAAUUGCACACAACAAAUCAUACAAUGAUGGAAAGACCUGUGUGUUUUCCUUGUUAAUGCAGACAGAGAAGAGCUCCAACUUCUUAAUCAUAGUCUCAAUUUUGUCCCGCACAAUGAAUAUAGUUGUGGAGAGUCCCUGGAAUCCUAGAUUCAGAUCAUUCAGGCGAGAAAAAACAUCACCCAGACAGGAUAGUUGUGUGAGAAACUCGUCAUCAUGCACGAGGUCAGACAAGUGAAAAUUACGGUCAGUAUAGAAAACUUUAAGCUUGUCACUCAAUUUUUUAAAAAACGUGUCAAUCCUUUGUGCCUUAAUAACCAGUGUACUUCUGUAUGUUGUAAAAGCGUUACAUGGUCGCUUCCUAGAUCAUUGCAUGGUGCAGAAAAUACACAAGAGUUCAGGGGCCUUAACAAAGUUUUAACAAAGUUAACCAUUUUCACUGUAGCGUACAAAACAUCUUUCAAGCUGUUAGGCAUUCCCUUGGCAGCAGGAGCCUCUCGCUGGAUGCUGCAGUAUACUCAAGUGGCGUCGGGAGCAACUGCUUGCACGCCCGUUACCACUCCACUAUGUCUCCCUGUCAUGGCUUUUGCGCCAUCAGUACAGAUACCAACACAUCUUGAUCACCAAUGUCCAUUUGAUGUCACAAAGCUGUCCAGUACUUACAAAAUAUCCUUUCCUGUUGUCCUGGUUUUCAGUGGUUUGCAGAAGAGGAUGUUUAAUUGACCCCCCAUAAACGUAACGGAUAUAUACAAGGAGCUGUGCCAGGCACGCCACGUCUGUUGACUCAUCCAGCUGUAACGCAUAUAAUUCACUGGCUUGUAUGCGAAGUAAUUGUUUCAAAACAUCUCCUGCCAUGUCACUGAUGUGAGGCAAAGGAAGUUCAAUAGUUCUGAGAUUGAAUGUGAGACAAAGGAAGUACAAUAGUUCAGAGAUAGAAUGUGAGACAAAGGAAGUUCAAUAGUUCUGAGAUAGAAUGUGAGACAAAGGAAGUUCAAUAGUUCUGAGAUAGAAUGUGAGACAGAGAAAGUUCAAAGUUCUGAGAUAGAAUGUGAAACAAACAAACAAAGUUCAAUAGUUCUUAGAAAGAAUGUGAGACAAAGGAAGUACAAAGUUCUGAGAUAGAAUGUGAGACAAAGGAAGUUCAAUAGUUCUGAGAUAGAAUGUGAGACAGAGAAAGUUCAAAGUUCUGAGAUAGAAUGUGAAACAAACAAACAAAGUUCAAUAGUUCUGAGAUAGAAUGUGAGACAAAGGAAGUUCAAUAGUUCUGAGAUAGAAUGUGAGACAAACAAAGUUCAAUAGUUCUGAGAUAGAAUGUGAGACAAACAAAGUUCAAUAGUUCUGAGAUAGAAUGUGAGACAAACAAAGUUCAAUAGUUCUGAGAUAGAAUGUGAGACAAACAAAGUUAAAUAGUUCUGAGAUAGAAUGUGAGACAAAGUUCACUAGUUCUGAUAUAGAAUGUGAGACGGAGAAAGUUCAAUAGUUCUGAAAUUGGAUGUGAGGCAGGGCUCUUAGAUUCUGAUAUUGAGAGUAUGCCAGAGAGAUCUUUACCUGGUUGAGGCAAAAAUAAAAACACCGGUAGCGUUCGCCAGCUUAGAGUACUUAACACCUAUGAACAGACUGCCAGCUGUAAUUUGCAAACAGAGUGCAAACAUGUAGAAUCGCUGACUGCCGCCCACCAUCAAGUGGUCCCUAAAACCAACCCGGUGAAUGAACGGCAGAUCAAUAUUUGGUGAGGUGUAUGCCUAAGACAGAGCAGGUCCCAUGAAGUGAGGGGUAGUGACAUUGAGAAUGUGGUUCACACAUGCCCUCUCAUAUGUGCUUGGAAGUCACGCUUCAUUUCCUGCUUAAUCUCCCCAACUAGUGUUCUAUGUGUCUACUGCCCAGUACCCUUCCCUGUAGCACACUAUGUGUGUGUAUGUUUGUACAUGUAGGUGUGUGUAAGAGUGACUGAGUGAGUGUAAUGACCUAACUGUAUGUGUGUAUGAGUGUCUGAGAGAGAAAAAGGAGAGAAAGAGAGAGGAAAAGAUAGAAAAAGAGAGCAUGAGAGUGACGAUCAAUAGACUCAAUAAAAGCCAAGCUGGAGAGCAAUAGUCUAGCGUUGAGAGCAAUAAUUUCCCUUAGGUGCAGAGGGGGGAGCAAACCAAGUUUGUUGAUAAUGAACUCAGAGCAGUGUUGUCCGAUUCCAACCUGUAAACUGGACAAAGUGGCCUCUUUCACAACAGCUGUGGGGGAGAUAUUCUUCCAUCUUAUGGCACACUUUAGAGACCAACAGCCCAAUAGAACUGGACCAUUACCACUGGCCAGUGUGAUCUGGCCAUGCAUUGAGCUGCCUGGUUUUUCUGUACUUUACCAUCCUUUUCUGAGACAGUGGGCCUACGGUUGCAAAGUUCCGGGCACUUUGGUCCAAGUUUCUGGUUGGGAAAACCAGGGAAUUUAUUCAAAGUUCACUGCUAUAGAACUCCACUAGAGUGCACUCUAUAUGUUUGAAGGAUCUUGGUCUUUGGUUCUAAUCAAAACUGGGGUCAAACGUGGAACACCACUCUCAUACUACAAAGAAGAAAAGAGUGGCUAAACGUUAUAAUAAUAAUAAUGAACGUUUAUAGGGUUCUUCUGAAGGACCAAGACCAAAGUCUGGCUUACAGUAACCAUUUUGAUUAAACAGGGAUAGGGGCUGUCAGUCUACUGUACACAAAUUGGAUUUAGAACAAACUUACCCUUUGAAUGGUGCUCUCCUGGCUCAUUGUUUCAUAUAAAUAUUACUAUAUAGCUAUGUCUGUGUAAAAAAAUAUCUGUGAAAUGUGAGGUCUUGUGUUGAUAUAUAUUCAGAAAAUAUCUUGAAGAAUGAAUGUGAUAAAUGUUUCUUGUUGUGUUUUCUUUUGUUCUGCUUUGUCAUGUUUUUCUGAUUGAGACUUAAGGGAGGGAGGCUUUUGCUUUCCUCAGACCAAUCCUCCCUUCAGUGUGGUUUUGUAGGUGAACAAAAGUUUUGUGGUGGGGUGAAGUGGUAAGGACACUGGUUCAUCAUUCCCACAGAAUGCUAAAUGAUGCACUCACUGAAUCCUACAGUGUGAUUGAGUUACACAGGGUGCAAGAGAUUUAACACUAAACUGUAAAUGUAGUCAGAGCAAAACAGUGUGUGGAAACAUGCAAAGGGUCAGAUAGAUCUGUCCUCUUAAAGCCAGCACCUGUCUGUCAGUCCCUCCCGGAUUCCGCCAUGGCACAUUUUUUAGCAAAAUCAAGAAUUCCCUGCAUCACAGCACCAUUUCCUCAUAAAAGAGUAAAAUCAUUGCAUUAUCACAUAAAACAGACCCAUACGCAGUACAAAAAUAUGGCUUGCAAUUCCAACCAAUCACUGCACAUUUACCACAUAGAGUUCAAUUAAGCUACACAGUUAAAUAUAGGAAAAAUAAGCUACACGCCAAGAAACGUUUUCCCUCGUUAGCGCAUUUUCACAACAAAUUGGACAAAAUCACUGCAUAUUGCAGAAUAUCAGAACUGCUGCAGAAAAAUAAAACAUUUCCCCCUGCAAAAAUAUCACAAAACAUCCCUGCCAAAUCCUAGAGGGACUGGUCUGUCAGUCAGUUAUGACCAUUCCCAGCAAUGUCCAGACUGUCCCAGCACCCACUGGGCUCAGCGUUAGGGUGACACAAGUCUUCCAAAAACUAACCAUGCCAUCUCCUUUCUCCUCUCGGCUCUUGGUUGAUCUCAAUCCUUUCCUCUUGUCUUCCAAAAGUUACAGACGUCUUCCAACAAGAGCCAUACUUAUUAAUAAGAUGGGCCUUGGCACAGAUGGAGCCAAUGAAAGAAGGGCUGACUCCUUUGACCCCUCCCACUUUUCCCAGGGGACAAUGAACACAGGUGUGACUUUACACGGCGAUAGAGCAGAGUUGGAUCUACUAACUCUGCAGCCACAACAAAAAGACUAGAGUGUAAUAACAAUGCAUCGAGGACUAACAAUCUGCCAUGGGGACAACCAACUUGCAAGGACGACAAACAGUCUUCAGCAAGGAUUAACAGCCAGCAAGGAGGACUAACAGGAUGCUAAACAGUCCAGAAGUCUGCAAUAAGGACAACAAGUCCAGGUUGACAUGAUCAUUUUUUCACAACAUGCAUGCACCACCAUUUACCAACUCCCACAAUAAGGGAUGACACAUCCUCUUCAGUAACUAGAGACACAGAGGCCCCUCUCAUCACCCUCUCCCUGAGUUUACCAUCAGACCUGUGUAUAUUUCUAUAGUAACUCACAUCUGACUCGGGGGGAGAUGUUUACUAUCAGACCUGUGUACAUUUUUAUAGUAUGUCACACCUAACUGGAGGAGAGAUACUUAUCAUCAGACCUGAGUUCAUUUCUAUAGUAACUCACACCUGACUCAAUGGGAGAUGUUUACCAUCAAACGUGUUUCUAUAGUAACUCACACCUGACUCGAGAGGAGAUGUCUUACUAUAGAAUAUUAUUCAAUAAAACAAACAGAUAUAUUUGUAU